CAGCACACAAUCUACAACGCUGCUUGGGAACCGAAAAAGACUACGGACCCAGCCACUCAGCCCAAGCUUGGGAGAACCACCACCGGUAUCACCUCCUUGCCAAACAAACAAACAAACAAAAACCAAAAAACAAAAACAAAAAAACGGAAAACGUGAUCCGUGUUAAACAAAAGAAUUUGUGGGUUAGGAGGUGGGAGGGCGACUACCUGCUGAAAGUGAACUUUCUUGAUAUCCAUGCUUAUAUAUAAACCUAGCCCUGCCUUUGAUGUUCUACAACUGAUCAGCGAUCAGAUUACGGGCAUUUCAGCUCCCUGCUCCUCUGCCUUUGAUCUGCAUGGUUAAUUUCAUUUUCCUGGAUUUGAAGUUUCGUCUGGGCUUGUGCUGACACACAGUUUUGGGAAGGUAGAAGCAUUUGGCAGAGCAGGGCUGCCAAGGAGAAGCUAAGUUGCGGAAAGGACAAUAAAUACAUUUAAUAAGAGCGAUGGCUUUAAAAGGGCUAUUAGAACAAGAGAAAACAUUUUUCACCAUCGUAAUUUUACUAGCCUAUUUGGCAUGUAAAGUGCUUUGUGAAACAGGGGACUGCAGACAACAGGAAUUCAGGGAUCGGUCUGGAAAUUGUGUUCUCUGCAAGCAAUGUGGUCCAGGCAUGGAGCUGUCUAAGGAAUGUGGCUUUGGCUACGGGGAGGAUGCUCAGUGUGUGACAUGCCGGCCUCACAGGUUCAAGGAGGACUGGGGCUUUCAGAAAUGCAAGCCGUGCCUGGACUGUGCGGUGGUGAACCGCUUCCAGAAGGCGAACUGCUCUGUCACCAGUGAUGCCGUAUGCGGGGACUGUCUGCCAGGAUUUUAUAGGAAGACAAAACUUGUUGGUUUUCAAGACAUGGAAUGUGUACCUUGUGGAGACCCGCCGCCCCCUUACGAACCACACUGUACCAGCAAGGUCAACCUCGUGAAGAUCCCAUCCACGGCCUCCAGCCCUCGAGACACAGCCCUGGCCGCCGUCAUCUGCAGCGCCUUGGCCACCGUCCUGCUGGCCCUGCUCAUUCUCUGUGUCAUCUAUUGUAAGAGGCAGUUUAUGGAGAAAAAACCCAGCUGGUCUCUGAGAGCACAGGACAUUCAGUACAAUGGUUCUGAACUGUCAUGUUUUGACAGACCUCAGCUCAGCGACUCUGCUCCCAGGGCGUGUUGUCAGUGCCACCGGGACUCAGCCCAGACCUGCGGGCCUGUUCACUUGAUCCCAUCCUUGUGCUGUGACGAUGCCUGCAGCAUUGACCGGGUGACUCUGGGUUGCAGGGUGCAUUCCAAGGCCACAUUUCAGGAGAGAAACUCAGGUCUGGUGGGGGAGAUGACACCGACUUUCUUCAGGUCCCUUUCGCGAUCUAUCUGUGGCGAGUUUUCGGAUGCCUGGCCUCUGAUGCAAAAUCCCAUUUGUGGUGACGACAUCUCUUUUUGUGACUCAUAUGCUGAACUCACGGGAGGAGAUAUUCCUUCUCUCAAUCCAGCAAAUGAAAGCUCAUCAUCCUUGGAUUCAAACAGUAGUCAGGAUUUGGUUGGUGGAGCUGUUACAAUUCGAGGUCCUUCUGAAAACUUCACAGAAACUACUGAUUUAUGUAGACAUAACAGCUCAAUGACAGAACCAGUGCUAACUCAGGAUAUGCUAACUACGAGACGCCAGCUAGAUCAAACAAGCGGCGAUAUCAUCCACCUAACCGCUCAAGCGUCCCUCCAGGAAGCUUAAAGGACUCCAUUCUUGCUGAACUAGAAAUGCGCGUAUGGAACCCAAGGGGCACGCACUCCUCCACUUAGGCUUAGGGGCUGAGCACAGUCUGGACCUUGCACGGCUUCUGGGGGAAAGAAAAUAAAUCUGAACCAAACUGAUGGCAUUUUAAGCCUUUCAACAAGCAGUUGUUUCUGAGCCAGACCAGCUGUAAGCUGAAACCUCAAGGAAUAACAAGAAAAGACUGCAGGCUCUCACGAUGCUUCGCAUCUCUCCUAAACAAGAAGCUUCUAUGCUCCGAGCGUGACUUCAAAGACUGAUGUGUGGAGCUCGCAGCCUGCGAGGUUACGGGCCUAUAACAAGAACCAGAGAUGCAGUCAUGCUUAUUUUCAUGGUGAAUGUGGUUUUACAAGACUGAAGACCCAGAGGAUACAUUUUCAUCUGCAUUUUCUUUUCCAAAAAUAAUUUCACAUAGCCGAUUAUCCUACCGAAAGUCAAUGUCAGACUAGUUACUGUAGUUUUCAUGUAGCAUGGGUUCAAAACAGUGUUUCUGAUUGAUGAAGGUCACUUUUUCAUCAUCUAAACUAAUUAGCUUAGGAGGCUCGAAUUGACUUCAUCCUGCCUGCCUAAAUCUUGGGUUUGUUAGAUGAAGUCCACUGGCCUGAGUAGAAAUCAGAAGAGAACAAGUUCUUUCCAGAAUGGGCACUCCUAACCUCAGCCACCUCUCUCAAACCCCUGCUAGAGCUGGUAACAAGAGGGGAUUGAGUUAGGGGAAGAGGUGGGGGAAGGGCUCCUCACCUUGGGUCAGAAACCACUUAAAGCACAUAUCCUAGAGACUUGCAUUCAAAGAUGAGCAUACUUCUGUGAAAAUCAGCAUUUGCUACUAUGCCUGUGACUGAGUUUAGAAAAUCCAGAAUUUCUCUUGUAUAGGAAAGUGGUAUUUAUAAAGAUAAUGAUCUUUUUUUCUCUUUCACCCAACCCUUCCCCCACUCCUCUUUCUGGCAACCACCAAUCUUUAUAUCUAUGAGCUUGGUUUUGGGUGUUUUUGUUUUUGAUUUUGCAUCCUAUCUUGUAGUAAGGCUUUAGAAAAUACAACAUAUCAGGUUCCCUACUACUGAAAUGUAUCACCAAGUGAGUUGUCUUAUGAGACCACACUCCAUAUUAGAACCGGAAGAAAAAGCACAUUUUGUAAGCGUUUAGGUGAACGGUCUGUAACUGCCGUUAGUGUAGUUUGACCAGGAUGUUAUAGUGUUCCCUCCGAUCUUGUAAACGUGGUGAGGACAAUAACCUCUCAUCUUAGCCAGAUGAUGCUGGCUUUAAGAGUGUGGUGCUUCUAUCCAUGCUCUCGCUCCAUCCUUUCUCACCUUGGAAUUCACGCACUAGAAUUCUAGUGGUAUCUAGAGAUAUCUAGAGCUGACAGAAAUGAACCCAGUUCAGGCACGAACCAGGGGGCGGCUCAUUUACUCCUCAUCUCUAUGCCCUGGAGAGGAAUUAAUUGAGCAGGAUUAAUUUUUUUCCUAUUAUAACCUACAUGACCAGAUCUGGCCUUUUGUCUUUUAACGGAUCACUAUUAGCUUUGUCAUUCCACUUGCACUUAAAAAAGAGAGACCUUAGAAAUAGAACAUCAGAGUGUUAGAGUCACUGAAAUAUUUUAUUUCAGAAUUGCCCCACCCAAAUCAGUGCCUUUUACUUAACAUUUAAACUGAAUAUUAAAAAAUCUGUCUUUCCUAGGACAUUUUUAUCUUCUCACUUAUUACCCCAUGCUUUUCUCUCUUUGCAAGACAUUAGUGAAUCCUUGUGGCUGGAACAGUUUAUCCAUAGUUUCAGGUUCUGAUAUGUAUAUAUUAGCUUACUUGGUUUCGGUAAUUCUUGUGACCUUAGUUCCUUUAGCUGAAAUAGGAAAUUAGAGGACUGUCUCAUGGUCAUCCACAAUCUUUUGUGUCUCCUGAGUGCCUAUGCAUAACUGAGUGACUUUUUUUUUUCCUUUUUUAGCAUAAACCAUUGGUUCUUAAAUGUUGGUGCUCACCAACGAUCUCUAAUUUUGAGAAUUGCCCUUAGGAAAUUCAAGUAAAAUAUUUAGGAUUUGACCACAAGAUGUCUAUGCAAAUGCAAGUAGAGUUUCUUUGAGUGGCUUCACUGUAAUUCACAUAUGUGUGCCAUUGUUUGCAAUCUGAUCAUUUUUGUUAUGACAGAGGGAUGAUCAAAGUAGACUGGGGUUGUGCUCAUUUUUGUAACCUGAAUAUAUUUUCCAUAUGUAGAGCCCUCAUUAACUUUAAAGACAAACACUUGCUGGAGAAAGCUAGAUUGAUGGGAAUGAGAUUUUGGCGAAAAAUCCUAAAACAUCACUUUUGAUCAGUAGAGAAAUACUCAGGGUCGAAAGUCGAUUUGAUUUGAUAGUGCAUUUGAAAAAUCCUGGGUUAUUUUUAUCAAGAUGAAGACAUUUUACCCCCACCUACUGUAGAAACAUACAAUGUUAUAUUUUACACUCUUUGUAAACACUUGAGAAAAAAAUCCAUUUUGCAUUUCACAUUGUUGGGUUAUGCUACAGCAUUCAAAUAAACUCAGCUGCUAGGGUGUUGAUGCCAGGAAACCAUCAAGUAACAACAGGGCUGGGAGUGCACCAAUGGUGACUUUGAAUGCUGCAGAAACUCAUCAACAAGAAUGAGACAAUGAUUGGAGAGUGACCACAGAAAGACAUGGGUUUUCUAAUUUCGUGUAUAUGGAAUAUAUUUUUCAAAUAUAGAUUGUUCUACUUUAGAUGAAGUGUUAAUAUUGCUGUUCCCUAGGUUAAGUACGAUCGAUCGUCUAUGCUAGUAAAAAAAAACUAGAUAAGAAAAGGAAAAAAAAAUCCAUCACUGCUUUAAGGUAGCUUGAAUCAAUUUAGAUUUCAUCCUUACUGUUUUGCAUACUGGAAUUUAUAAAUUUGUAAAUUUUCAUUUUCUUAUAUGAAUAGUUUUGUAAUACCUUUUUUAUUUGUGAAUAAAAUUGUUACCUGGUGUUCUUA